GGCUCAAAAUGGGACCGAUACGUUAGCAAAAUUUGCACCUCCCCUCCUUAAGUCCUUAUUUUGUUGCACAAUAUUUUGAUGAGUACUAAAACCAGAACAUACUAGACGAUCUUCCCCUUUCCCUUUCUGUGGCCCAUUCCAUUUUACACACAGAAGAAGAGGAUGAUCAAUAUUUACACUACUACUACUAGUGUCCAAAACUCUUCCAAUAAUCUGAAUCCCACGGCCAGAAUUUCGUCACCCAAUCUUCCGCAAUCCAACGUCCCUAGACCCUUCUAGACUUCCCACGAACUCGCUCAAGUUCAACCCUUUUGCCUAUUUGUAUCAACCAUAAAACCCCUGUUUUUCUCUCCCUCUCAAGAAUCAGUUUUCUGACGCAGUUUUCCAGCAGUGUAAAGAUCAAAGACUAAAACUUUUUUUGAAAUGGCGGCUUCUUCAACCCAGUUUCAGAACCCACUUUUGUAUAACAAAACCCCUUUUAUGGGCACAAGAGUUGGGUGCCCAUUAGGCAGAGUUUCUUUCUGCACCUUCACAAACAAGAGUAGUGGAAAAAGGACCCCUUUUUACAGGCCUUUGAGGGUUGUAAAUGAAAAGGUUGUUGGGAUUGAUUUGGGUACUACGAAUUCUGCUGUGGCUGCCAUGGAAGGAGGGAAGCCCACUAUUGUUACUAACGCGGAAGGUCAAAGAACAACUCCUUCUGUGGUGGCUUAUACCAAGAAUGGGGAUAGGUUAGUUGGGCAGAUUGCCAAAAGGCAGGCUGUAGUUAAUCCUGAAAAUACGUUCUUUUCUGUGAAGAGGUUUGUGGGGAGGAAGAUGACUGAGGUGGACGAGGAAUCCAAGCAGGUUUCUUACAAAGUUGUGAGGGAUGAGAAUGGUAAUGUGAAACUCGAGUGCCCUGCUAUCGGGAAAAAGUUUGCCCCAGAAGAGAUUUCUGCGCAGGUUUUGAGAAAAUUGGUUGAUGAUGCUUCUAAGUUCUUAAAUGACAAAGUAACAAAGGCAGUGAUCACAGUUCCAGCUUACUUCAAUGACUCUCAGAGGACUGCAACGAAAGAUGCUGGUCGUAUUGCUGGUUUAGAUGUUUUGAGGAUCAUCAAUGAGCCUACUGCUGCUUCAUUGGCUUAUGGAUUUGAGAGGAAGAACAAUGAAACCAUUUUGGUGUUUGAUCUUGGAGGUGGAACAUUUGAUGUGUCAGUCCUUGAGGUCGGAGAUGGAGUGUUUGAAGUUCUCUCCACAUCAGGUGAUACACAUUUAGGUGGAGAUGACUUUGACAAGAGAAUUGUUGAUUGGCUUGCUGAGGACUUCAAGAGGAAUGAAGGAAUAGAUCUUUUGAAAGAUAAACAGGCUCUUCAACGUCUAACAGAGACUGCUGAGAAGGCAAAAAUAGAACUCUCCUCAUUGACUCAAACUAAUAUCAGUCUUCCUUUCAUCACUGCAACAGCAGAUGGCCCAAAGCACAUCGAAACAACACUUACAAGAGCCAAGUUUGAGGAACUGUGUUCAGAUUUACUGGACAGGCUAAAGAAACCGGUUGAGAACUCCUUGAGGGAUGCAAAGCUUUCCUUCAGCGAUAUUGAUGAAGUUAUUCUUGUUGGUGGAUCAACAAGAAUUCCUUCUGUCCAGGAUCUUGUGAGAAAAUUGACCGGCAAAGAGCCUAAUGUGACGGUGAACCCUGAUGAAGUUGUUGCUCUUGGGGCUGCUGUUCAGGCUGGUGUCUUGGCUGGUGAUGUCAGUGAUAUUGUGCUACUGGAUGUGACUCCGUUAUCUCUUGGCCUUGAAACAUUGGGUGGUGUGAUGACGAAAAUCAUCCCCAGGAAUACAACCUUGCCUACUUCCAAGUCAGAGGUCUUCUCCACUGCAGCUGAUGGACAGACUAGUGUGGAAAUAAAUGUUCUUCAAGGUGAGCGAGAGUUUGUUAAGGACAAUAAAUCUCUGGGAAGCUUCCGAUUAGAUGGUAUCCCUCCAGCCCCUCGUGGGGUUCCCCAAAUUGAAGUGAAGUUUGAUAUUGAUGCCAAUGGUAUUCUAUCUGUCACUGCUGUUGACAAGGGAACUGGAAAGAAGCAAGAUAUUACGAUCACUGGUGCCAGCACCUUACCAAAAGAUGAGGUGGAUAAGAUGGUUCAGGAGGCGGAGAAAUUUGCUAAGGAGGACAAGGAGAGGAGAGAUGCAAUCGACACAAAGAACCAAGCAGAAUCUGUAGUCUACCAAACGGAGAAGCAACUGAAGGAGUUGGGAGACAAGGUCCCAGCUGAUGUAAAAGACAAAGUGGAAGCUAAAUUGACGGAGCUCAAGGAUGCAAUUUCUGGUGGAGUGACCCAAACCAUUAAGGACACCAUGGCGGCACUUAACCAAGAAGUGAUGCAACUCGGACAAUCUCUAUACAGCCAGCCAGGAGCUCCAGGAGCUGGACCUACCGCCGGCCCUGAUGUAGGCGCAGCCGAUUCUACACCUAAAUCAUCUGGUGGAGAUGAUGGCGACGUGAUUGAUGCAGACUUCAGCGAGAGCAAGUGAGGAAGUUUAGAACAUGCUGAUUGUUUGUGAACUAGUUAUGAAUUUUGGUUGACAUGGUAUAUAUAUAUAUCUGUCAUUGCUAAGUAGUAUACUGGUUUUUGGUCGAUGAUGAAUUCGAGUUGCUACCUUCGUAGCGGCUUGGAUGUUGCAUUGAUUCAUCAAGGUAGUAAUAGUAUGACAGUCUCUAAGAGAGGAAACUUCUUUUUGUAUAGGUAGGGAAUUUGGUUUGUAAUUAUCGAAGUUUACCUUUCUGCAUCAUAUUCUGGUCAUAAGUCCCUUCACAUCCAUUCUUGAAUGUUAUUACUAUUGUGUUGUGCAGAAUUACUUUGAGAAUUCAAAUCAAUUCGACUUACUAUUUGUUCUGACUUCAAUCUGGAGAAGAUAUUGUAGACUGUUUGUUAUUUAAAUAAGAUUUUUGUUCUUCA